AUGGAGACAGUCUACAUAACAGCAAACGAACGAUCGCUGUUCAUCAAGUUUUCAUCCCAUGAUGCCAUGAUGGACUCGCUCAGCAAAAAUGCGGAACCGCGAUCUUUUGUCUACAACAGUGGAAGAUCAGUUGAGGUGUGCAUGACUGUGGCGGGCACGAAUAUGCAGUACGUUCGCAUAUUCGACUUGCCGCCGGAACUGUCGGACGGCGUUCUGUUAUCAGUGCUCGGAGAAUACGGGAAGAUAGACAGAAUAGCACGGGAGAAAUUUCCAGUGAAUUUGGGCCUCGACCAUAGGGCUGCAAAGGCUGAACGUGAACACAAAAAGAAGAUGGCGGAGGCGCUAGCAGCUCUUCAGCGGCAACGGGAGUUCAUAACCUCAAAAGUUACCCGCAUCAAAUCGAGUCUCCAGAAGGCAGACGACGAACAGGUUCCACUUGACGAAUUCGUCUUGGAAACAUACAUACGGACGAUUGAUGCGGCUUAUCAAGAAAUGAACGAGUGUCAAACAAAGAUGUGCGCAACCAAUCCAACGAAGCAGGAAGAGGAGGAAGAAAUCUACGUCGAAUUCGAGAACCUGUUCACGGAGGUGAGAGCAGUAGUGAGCAGACUGUUGAAUCAGAAGAGGGAUGCACAGACUUCUAACGCACUGCAACGGCAAGUUGCGGUCGGUGUUCCUCAACCGAUCCGAGUGCAACAAUCGAUCCUUCCACACACACCCCUUCCGUCGUUUGACGGGAAGCCUGAGCAUUGGUUCAGGUUCAAAUCAAUGUUCACGGACAUUAUGAACAAGUGUGCCAACGAGGAUGCUGCAACAAAACUGUAUCAUUUGGAUAAGUGCCUUGUUGGAGAAGCGGCCGGUGUCAUCAAUCAACAAUUCAUCAAUGAAAACAACUACGAUGCAGCAUGGAAUUUCCUAGUCCAGCGGUAUGAAGACAAGCGCAAGAUUGUGGACAUUCACGCGAAUAAGUUGCUGCAUUUGAAACCAAUGACGCAGGAGAGCGGAAGGCAACUGAGGGAUUUGAUCGAGGAGUGCAAACGGCACGUCGAUUCGCUCAGAUACCACGGGUACGAUGUACUAGGCCUCUCAGACAUCGUGCUGGUGAAUGUUCUCGCAUCAAAGCUAGACUUCGAGACCAAGAAGCUGUGGGAAGCCAACAAUGAACACGGUGUCAUUCCUACCUACGACGACACAAUCGAGUUUCUGGAAAAACACGCAUUGGUGCUCGAACGAGUGGAAGCCUCUUCAAGUAUUCAACAGAAGACUAAGUCGAAGGCCAAUGUACCUGCUACGUCGCAGAAGGCGUCACAGUUGAAAUCUUCUUCUUUCACUGUGACGGCGGCGGAAACAAAAUGCGUGUUUUGCGAUAAAGAACAUUUCAACCACCAGUGCGACGAGUUUCUCAAGCUUUCACCUUGUGAAAGGAAUGCCAGGGCCAAGAAAGCUGGCCGGCACCAUACGGUUCUCCAUCUGGAUUCGCCAAAACCGAAUGACGAUGCCAGCAAGACCGACUCUGUGAAACCUGUCGAUAGUGACAACAGUUCGUCAUUGAUGAGCAACGUGGUAACCCUCAGUUGCGCCACUGGUUCGAGUGGAUAUAAGGAUGUGCUGCUUUCUACUGCGGUUGCGAAUAUUCUGGACGUGCACGGUAACGUGAGGCUGUGUCGUAUUCUCCUGGACUCAGGGUCGCAACUUCACCUAAUCACGGAAGCAAUGACAACACUCCUUGGCAUCCAGCGUGAAAAGUGUGCAACGAGUGUCGUUGGAAUCAACGGGAAGGAAACCCACAUCAAACACCAAGUAAUGGUUAUGUUACAAUCCAGAACGACAAGCUACAGUGAGAACAUCGAAUGCCUGGUGGUGCCGAGAAUCACUGGCAUACUACCAGCUCAAGAGCUCAACAUUGCAGAGAUAGCUAUCCCGAACGACGUUCGUCUUGCCGAUCCAGAAUUCAACAGGCCUCAACGAAUCGACCUUCUGAUCGGAGCCGAACUGUUCUACAGUAUCCUGAAAAGUAAUCGCAUCGAUCUCGGGCCUGGACGACCGAUUAUACAGGAAACGUUUUUGGGAUGGGUCGUCGCAGGGCCAACCCACAAUCGUUCGUCGAAUAUACAACCACAACAAUGCAACACUGUUUCUUCUGAAACCAAUCAUUUGGAUGAGUUGGUUCAACGGUUUUAUAUGGUCGAGGAUGUUCCGAUGGCAUCGAGGCUUUCAGAGGAGGAGGCAUUGUGCGAGCAGCAUUACGUUCAAACAACGACAAGGGACUCGUCCGGAAGGUACGUGGUCAGGCUCCCGUUUCGUGACAACGUGGAUAAGCUUGGUGAAACGAAGCAGCAUGCACUACAGCGAUUCCAGCAGCUAGAAAGGCGUUUGAAUAGCAACGAGCAGUUGAAGCGUGAAUAUGAUUGUUUCAUCGAGGAAUACAUUCGUCUGAACCAUUGCCGAGAAGUUUUUGAACCAGAAGCAAGUAGCAAGCCCAACUGUUUCCUGCCUCAUCACGCAGUACUAAAACCAUCAUCAUCUUCAACCAAGCUACGAACAGUGUUUGAUGCUUCAGCGAAAUCGACUUUGGGCCUAUCGCUAAACGAUGUGUUGAUGACUGGGCCUAGCGUACAGGAUUCUCUUCUAGACAUCACGAUGCGAUUCCGCGUACACCAGUACGUUUUUACUUGCGAUGUGCCUAAGAUGUACAGGCAAGUCGCAAUGGCAGCGGAAGACACAAAAUUUCUACGGGUGUUUUAUCGGAAGCAAUCAUCCGAUCCGAUUCGCACAUUCGAGCUGACUACCGUUACAUACGGCACGGCGUCGGCACCCUUUUCGGCAACACGCACCUUAGUGCAACUGGUACAUGACGAGGGUGCACAGUUUCCCAUAGCUGCGGAAAUUGUACUGCACGAUGUCUACAUCGAUGAUGCAUUGACUGGCGGAGAUUCUAUCGAGUUCAUCAAGGAGGCAGCAGAACAGCUCGUGCAUCUUCUAGAGCGAGGAGGCUUCCAGCUGCAUAAAUGGUGCUCCAAUUCCACAGAGUUUUUGGAGACCAUUCCGGAAGAACUGAAAGAGAAGCGAACGGCAUUAGAAUUUAGCGGAGCAAACGAUGUGAUUAAAACGUUGGGUUUAUUAUGGAAUCCCUCAACGGACGAGCUGUGUUUCCGGAUGAAUCCUGUUCAAGACCAGGCUGUGAUCACGAAGCGUCAUAUCCUUUCCGAGGUUUCGAAAACCUUUGACCCGCUGGGACUAUUUGCGCCAUCGGUCGUGCUGUGCAAAUUAUUGAUACGAGAUCUGUGGAAGCUGGAGGUUGGUUGGGACGAAGAAGUGCCACCGGAUCAGAUGAACUCCUGGAUGCGGUACAUAGCCAGCUUGAAACAGGCUGAAGGAAUGAAGAUUAAUCGAUGUGUGCUGUCACCCAAUCGGAUUGGUCUUGAACUUCAUGCCUUUUCGGAUGCAUCAUUCUCGGCGUAUGGAACAUGUGUAUACAUACGGUCUGUUCUUCCCGACGGCACUGCGGAGCUUCACCUUCUGACAAGCAAAUCCAGAGUUGCCCCCAACCAAACUAUUCCACGACUGGAGCUAUGCGGAUUUGUUCUAAUGGCUAGAUUGGUUGGCGUUGUUAUGGCGGCAAUUAAACAACGAUUCAACAAGGUGGUGUUAUGGACGGAUUCAACUAUCGUGUUAUGCUGGUUGAAUAAGCCACCUCAUCAGCUCAACACCUUUGUGUCAAAUCGUGUUACGGAGAUCAAUAGAACCACUAAGGAAUACGAACGUAAAUACGUGGAGUCCAAAUCAAACCCAGCCGAUAUGCUGUCGCGUGGUGUCUACCCUGCGGAUUUGAAAAUCAAUGACGUUUGGUGGCACGGGCCUACUUUUCUACGAACGGCAUCAUUUGCAGAUUUCAAAGAAGAAGAAGUUGUCGACAUUCCGGACGUGAAGAAAGUUACUUGUACAGCACAGGAAUGUGAAGGUCCCUACGAACUUCUGUAG